CGCAUUUAAACAGCUAACUAGCUAGCUUCAAGAAUAGUCUGCCCGGUUCUUUACUCGUGUCUGUCUCUAGAAUUUCCUGUUACCAACUUAGCUAUUGUCCGGUGGUUCACAAGUCUCUGUUCUUGAGGAGUGUUCCCAACUUCCCAAUUACCAUGAUGGCUAGUUCGGACAAAAGCCUAGGGAUCAUGAUGGCUAGCUCUGUGACUAUGAAGUCAUAUGUCUCAUCCCCUACCUCUCUCUCUCUCUCUCUCUUUCUCUCUGUCUGUAUAUAUAUAUAUAUAUAUAUAUGAAUAUGCAUAUUCUGUAAUAUAUCUGAUCAAUUCCUGUCAAACUCUUUCACCUGAGAGGUUGUUACAUAUAUAUAUUUUUGUAUACAGAGAUAAGAGGGAGGAAUGCAGAGUGGUUGGUGUAGUAAACAUGCAGUGAAGCUGGAGAGAAAAAUUAUAGAGAAGAAUAGAAGGAAGCACAUGAAGAGCCUUCUUUUACAGCUAUCCUCCAUUAUUCCCCAAAGCCAACCUUCUGGUUCAAAGAAUGCAUUAAAGCAAAAAGAUAUCUUAGAGGAAGCCACAUCAUACGUAGGGAAGCUAAGAGAAAGAGUCGAAACACUUGAAAAUGAAAAGACAGAAAUGAAGAUGAAGAUGAGCAUGCAAAGAAACCAGAUGAUGAAUAUCAAUGAUAGAAAGGUGGCAGUCCAUGUGCAAUGCUUUGAUGAUUGCAUAAAGAUAGUUCUAAUGAGCACAUUGAACAAGUGCUUCAAAUCGUAUGAGGUUAUAAGAAUCCUUGGAGAAGAGGGUGCUCAGGUUAUACAUGCCAACUUGACGAGAUCUGGUGACAAGAUUGUUUUUGUUAUCCACUCUCAAUGGAGCGGGACGAACCCACUAGAGACCCCAGGAAUGUGCACAAGCCUCGGUGGAACAAGUGAGGAUGAGACCGUGCUCACAUGGGUGCUGGAACCAUCCGUACACAACCACUAUUCACAAUUCUCAGAAAUAUGCCCUCAGCCGAGAAUCGAACUCUCACCACUCAGUGAGAGCUCUAUCGGUGACCCGUGUACCAAUAGAACUGACAUUUUGGAAUAAACUAGGGUUUGAAGUGGCUUCUUUUACAUUGUGUUGAGAUUGUUGCUCAUAAUAUUCAACAGAGAUAUGGUUACUUAAGUCACACUGCUGCAUUAUUUAACAACCAACCAAGUUAAGGUCAUAUGGAUGGUUAGUUACGUGCCUAAUAAUAAUGGUUUUCUUUCUUUUUACAGUCAGGCAAUUUCUUCAAGAAUUGGUUUAGAAGAGGAAAGGAUUAAAGAAAGGUUGGAGGAAUUGGUCUAGAUUGUCAUUUUGGGCACCUGAGCACUCAAACAAGCAGAGAGGAAAUGGUUUCAAGUCUGUGAUGAGAAGAAAAAAAAAUAAUUUGCAUUAGUGUGGUUGUGCUUGAAUAAAUGCAAGACUAGUAUGGAAUAUGUUCUAUUUUUAUAAAAAACACCCAUUAUUUUGAUCAUAUAACGUGA